AUGCCCAACUGGAGGGAGGAAUAUUCUACGGCCUUAUGCACCAGAGACCAGCGCGAAAAGGCAAACAUCUCCGUUUUUGAGGCUUAUACACGUCUGGCUGAUCGCUCUGGAAAGCUAGAAAAGGAACGAGCCGAAGCUGUCCGAUAUGCCCAGGGCGUAUCGAAACCCAAAGCAACACAUUCCCCUCAAGGCAAAAAAUCACAAGGCACUGAUGACGGCGCUGCUCCAUCAGGACUAGAUCCUCUACUUGCUGCGACUCAAGAUCUGGCUGCUGCACAAAAGUCACGAGAAGACCUAUCAAACAAACUAGAGCAAGCUCUUGUAAAGCUAGAUAGGCUGACGAGGAAGUUGAAUGCGGAAACGCAGAGAGCAGCAGAUUUGGCUGUAGAGAGAACGCAGCUCCAGAUCCGUCUGAAGGAUAGAGACGAGGAAUUGAGGGGUAAAGCUAAACUCCUUGAUGUUAGUUCUGACAUUAUUCUUGAUGUCCAAGACGAGCUUGUGUCGCUCAAUUUGCAGUUCAAUAUGGCUGAGGAGCGAUCCAAGAGGUUUGAGGAAGAGAAUAAACAGCUUGUUGACCGAUGGAUGGCAAGAAUGGGACAGGAAGCGGAAGCCAUGAAUAAAGCGUCGAAAUUUUCAUAG